UUUCACAUCGUGCAUUGAUGACAAGCAUUAUAGUGUUCAGGUUUCCAGAUUUCUGGGUGCGCAAAAUUUUAUUUUGUUGUGCGCUGUGAGGAUUAAAGUGGUUUUCUUCACAGAGGGAUUUGCCACAGUUACAAGUUACGGUAUACCAAACUAACCAUAAUGUGAAAGAACAUUUCUCAGAGGUACAUGUUAGAACCCUGCCAGAUCUCCUACCGCCAAUAAAAUGAAUUCUCCUGAAGGACUGAAAGAAAAUACCUCCAACAAUCAAAACCAAAUCACGACCUCACCCCCAGUUGUUGCUGUAGGCGAUCCCAUGAUGUCUCAGAUGCAUUCACCAGGCAGCAAGACAGCACCCUUUGCUCAACAGCAACAACAGCAGUUAAUACGCAUCCAACCUCAACAAGGACAGCAGGUGUUGCAGCAGAAUGUUGUUCGUGUUUCACCACUUACCCAGUCGGCAACUCAGCAACCACAAACAAUUGUGGUGAUCGGCGGAAGCCCACAGAGACUUCAGGCACAACAAAGUACAUCACUUGUACAGACAAUACAGCCUUCAUCUUCAACCUCAUCUGAUGUCAAGCCAAUACAGGAGCAUGGUUAUGCUGUGAAUGCAGUAAAAACGCCACUCACACAUCACGAUUAUGCAUUGCCUAAACCUCAGACUCAGACCUCAGUGGAAUCAGCUACAGCUAGUGGUCAGCUGAUACAGCUGCCAGGACAACAAAGCCAGACUUUGGUCACUCAGCAAACUACUAUUUCUCAGCAGCACCAACCUGGAGCUGUACAAGUUGUCAGGCAAGGUCAGCAAACAACAGGAGUUCAGCAACUUAAACCUCUUACUGCAACACUACAAGGUGGGCAAUUAGUCAUCAAUCAGCAACAGCUCAUUCAAGGUAGUCAGCCUAAUCAGCCUGUCACUCUGCGCCUGCAGAUGAAAGAUAUUAGCUCCUUGCAGAGAAACGUUAGCAAGCUACAGCAACCACUACCAGCCAAGGUGACCACUGUUGUGCGGCAGGCCCCGCCCAAGCAACAGGCAGCAUCCAUGGCAUCUCAAUCCCAGUACAUUAUUACAAAUGUCAGUAAUAGCUCUCAACUGCAAGGAGUAACUGGUGCCCAACAAAUAAAAAUUGUACCAUCUACACAAGUCCAGCAACCACAACAGCAUGUAGUCAAGCAACUUCCAGGUGGUGGAUUUGCCUUAACAAUUCUACCUAGUACAGUAGUCAGCUCAGGAACUACCGUCACUAAAGCUGUCACAAUUCCGACCAGUCCCCAGUCAGUCCGGAUCAUUGGCUCAACACAGUCUUUGCAAAGUCAAUCCACAGUUGGAAGUAUUACAGCAGCAAGUUCUGCAACCGCCUGCUCAUCCCCUAAUUUAUCUCUCUCCAUAGCUCCCACACGAAUGAUAACCAAGACAAUUACUAUCCCUGCUGGUCAGCAGAUUUUCCAUCCAGGCGUAGCUGUGCUCUCCAAGUCAACUUCAGAAACUACAAAACUAAUUACUAAGCCCACAACUGCCGAGACCAUCCAAGCCAUUGCCAGUCACACUGUCACAAAAGCCCUCACUGUCCCUGCAAAAUUACAGACUGUUCAUGCAGUUGUUUCUGCCCAGACUUCUACUCCUACAGUCACUGUAGCCCCAAGCAUGAAUGCCAUCCGUUCUGUUGUCCCAAAUCAAACUGUCAUUCAAACACCCAGUAUUUCCUCUACUCAGCAGACUGGCUGUGCUACAGCUGCAAUCCAACCUACUUUGUCAAAUGUUGCUACAUCUGCCUCUGCUCAGACUGCAAGCAUUUCUAAGACAACCACAGCAGCAACAUCUCAGCCUUCUUUCACUGUUACAAGUGUGGGAAAAAUAAAAAUUAAUAGAUCCAGCCCUGCAACCACUCAAACAGGUAUCACUGCUUCAGCAGCACUUCAGAAAGCUGCUGCAAACAUUACUGUUUCUGCUUCGCCAAACCAGACAGCAAGCACAGUUCAGGUCAACAGUAGUUCCACUAAAAAACUUCCCAACAUAAUACGUAGCCCUACAGCCAGCCAAACUUCAAAAACUGUCAAGCAAACUAAAGCCAAGGCAGUUACUCAACACACAACCAAGACAUCAGCUAUUAAACCCAUUCAAAUACCUGGACAGGCAGUAGGCCAACAGUCUGGACAGAUCUUAAUCAUGGUGAAUCCAGGAAGUAGUACAUUAGAAGAGGUGCAGAAGAUUGCUCAAGAAGUCAGUAAGCUCAAAGGACAGCCCAGAUCAGCAGAAAAUGUGCAGAAACUGAAAGAUCUCCAAGCUCGUGUACGCCAACUUCAAAAUUCUGUGCAGACUGUAAGAACAAAGCACAAUGCCUCAGGUGUACCCAUACAGCCUGUGUUGGUGUCCGUCCCAGGCCAGCAAAGUACUACACAGAAAGGUUCCUCUCCAUCCAUGCAGUCUGAAACCAGCAAAGGAGAGCCAAGUGCCUCAGGCAGUAGCAAGCGAGAAGGCAAGAAGCACAAACUCCAGGAAAAAGCCAACCGUAUUGUGGCUGAAGCCGUGGCAAGAGCGAAGGCGUCAGGGCUGCAGAACAUCCCCAAGGUAAUGGCUGAUGUCUCACUGCCAGAGGUCAACUUGGAUAAGGAGAAAAAAGCUAAAGAGAAGAAAAAAGUAAAGACCAAGGAGCCCAAAGUGAAGAAACCACCAAAGCAGCCAAAGGAAAAGCAGCCACCAAAACCCAAAGUGGUUAAGAAGAAAGCACGACCAAAGAAAGUCCCACCCAAGAAAAUUCCUGCAGCUGCACUGGUGAGGCUUAAGAAUAAGAGGAAGCACAUGAAUGAUUCCUCAUCUUCAGGCUCUGAGGCUGAGGAUGCACUUCUGGUAAAAGCCUUGCCAGAUGACGACGCAUAUAUAGAGAAAAGAAGGUCCAGUCGUAACACUAAACGUAAACGGUAUGACGUUGCCUAUGAAUUCAACAUUACGGAUGAAGACAGCAGUGACAGUGACAAGAAGGAUUCAGACAGUAACAUGGAAGUGGAUGUGGUAACGGUGGCACCUGCUGUAGCACCAGCACAGAAUGAAUCUGCAAAAUUCUUUGUGGAAAACCCUGAUGAAUCUGAAGCCAACCUUGUUGAAAAGAUUCUGUCCUCCCGCAUUUCAAAGAAACCCCAACUGCCUGGUGAGGCCCAAGUUGGCGAGAUAGAGGAGUUUUAUGUCAAGUACAGAAACUUUUCCUACCUGCACUGUGAGUGGGCCACAUUUGACAAGCUACAGAGAGGUGAUCAACGCAUCCAUCAGAAAAUCAAGCGUUUCCGUGCCAAACAACGUGCUCAACCAAGCUUCUUCACCGAACCUGACGAUGAAAUGUUCAACCCAGAUUACAUCCAAGUAGACAGGAUCCUAGAUGUGGCUGUAACUGAGGACCCAGACACUAAGGAGAAGGUCACACACUACCUGGUGAAAUGGCGCAGUUUACCCUAUGAAGAGAGCACAUGGGAGCUGGAAGAAGAUGUGGAUGAUAACGUUGUCCAGUUCUUUAAGACAACGCUCAAUCCACCACCCCCCAGUGAACGAGAGAGGAUCGACAGGGCAGACCCAGAUGACUGGACCAAACUUGAGGAAUCACCUGUGUACAAAGGUGACAACACAUUGAGGGAUUAUCAACUGGAGGGAGUAAAUUGGCUCAUGUUCAGCUGGUGCAACGGGCAAAACUGCAUCUUAGCUGAUGAGAUGGGCUUGGGCAAGACCAUCCAGGCACUGGCCUUUAUACGAGAAGUACAGAAGUUUGGUAUUCAGGGCCCAUUCCUCAUUAUUGCACCCUUGUCAACUAUCGCCAAUUGGCAGCGGGAGUUUGAGACAUGGACAGACAUCAAUGCAGUUGUGUACCAUGGUAGUGCCCAGAGCAGACACAUGAUAGCUGAGUAUGAGAUGUACUUCAAAGAUAGCAAGGGUCGGCGUAUUCCAAACAUCUAUAAAUUCCAAGUUUUUAUUACCACGUACGAGAUAGUCCUAGCUGAUUGCCAAGAACUGAGCGAGAUUGAGUGGCGGGUAGUUGUCAUUGAUGAGGCACACCGUCUUAAGAACAGGAACUGUAAACUGCUAGAGGGACUCAAGUUUCUUGACAUGGAACACAGGGUUCUUCUUACAGGUACUCCACUGCAGAACAACAUUGACGAACUCUUCAGCCUGCUGAAUUUUCUUGAACCAGGAAGGUUCCGAUCAAUCAGCCAAUUCCUUGGAGACUUUGGUGACCUAAAGACAGAGUCACAAGUGGAAAAGCUGCAACAGCUUUUGAAGCCAAUGAUGCUACGUCGAUUGAAGGAAGACGUGGAGAAGGAUCUUGCUGAGAAGGAGGAAACUAUCAUUGAGGUGGAACUCACCAAUAUCCAGAAGAAGUAUUACCGGGCCAUCCUUGAACGGAAUUUCAGUUUUCUGAGUAAGGGUACCACCUCCAGCAGCAACCUGCCCAAUUUGAUGAACACUAUGAUGGAGCUCCGCAAGUGCUGCAACCACCCUUUCUUAAUCAAUGGUGCAGAAGAGCAGAUAAUGGCAGAACUUGCUAUUCAGGCCAUGAACUUAGAGAUGACACAGCACAUGAGAGCACUCAUCCAAUCAUCGGGCAAGAUGGUGCUUCUGGAUAAGCUGCUGCCUAGGCUUCAUGAGGGGGGUCAUAAAGUGCUCAUCUUCAGCCAGAUGAUACGAUGCUUGGAUAUUCUAGAGGAUUACCUUGUCCAGAGAAGAUACCCAUUUGAACGAAUUGAUGGUCGGGUACGUGGUAACUUGAGGCAGGCUGCCAUUGAUAGAUUCAGCAAGCCAGAUUCUGAUCGCUUUGUCUUUCUCCUGUGCACACGAGCCGGAGGUCUGGGCAUCAAUUUGACGGCCGCUGAUACCUGCAUUAUCUUUGACUCUGACUGGAAUCCACAGAAUGAUCUACAGGCUCAAGCCCGUUGUCAUAGGAUUGGACAAACGAAAUCAGUGAAAAUCUAUCGCCUAAUCACCCGGAAUUCAUAUGAGCGAGAGAUGUUUGACAAGGCUAGCAUGAAGCUGGGUCUAGACAAAGCUGUGUUGCAGUCCAUGCGAGGAGAAAACCAGUCGACUCCUGCACAACAGCAACCAUUUUCCAAGAAAGAAAUUGAGGACCUUCUACGCAAGGGAGCCUAUGGUGCCAUAAUGGAGGAUGAUGAUGCUGCCUCCAAAUUCUGUGAGGAAGAUAUUGAGAUGAUCUUGCAACGUCGUACACAAGUAAUGAAGAUUGAAGGAGGCCAGAAAGGCUCCACCUUUGCCAAGGCCAGCUUUGCUUUGCCAGAUGACCAGAGAUCUGAUAUUAAGUUGGAUGAUCCUGAUUUCUGGGCUAAGUGGGCUAAGAAGGCGGAGCUGGACAUAGAGGCUCUCAAGAAAAGGGAUAGCCAUGUAAUCACUGAGCCUCGCAAGCGUACACAGACCCGCCGCUUUGGCAACAUGGAUGAAAUGGUAGAGUUCACCAGCAAUGAUGAAGACAGCGAUGAUGACCAGCUAACUGCUCCACCUAAGAAGACCAUGCAUCGCAAAGGUCACAAGGGGUCAACAGCAUCUGGUGGUGCUUCAUCUUUAGCCACACCUGUCGUAGCCAUGAAACCAAUGAAGCCUUGUAAGAACCAACUGCAGUCUGGUUGGACACGUUUAGAGUGCUUCCGUGUUGAGAAGGGACUGCUUACAUAUGGUUGGGGCCGUUGGGAAGACAUCUUGUUGACUACAAGGUUCAAGAGACCACUUGGAGAGAAAGAUAUAGAAGCUAUCUCAAGAACAAUGCUGAUUUUUUGUCUCAAGUUCUAUAAGGGGGAUGAGAACAUUAAGAGCUUCAUUUGGGAUCUCGUCACACCUGCCCCCGAUGGAUCUAUCAAGGAUUACAGAAACCAUAAAGGGCUGUCAGCUCCUGUACCCCGUGGCCGCAAGUCAAAGAAACCCAAGAAAGAGGAAGAUGUGGUGCCAGCCAUCUUAGAGUAUGACUUCAGUGCUAAAGAUCAGGACCCAGAGACAUUGCUGACUGACCAAGGAUACAAGAACCACCUCAAGAGACAUUGCAACAAGGUUCUGCUACGAGUUCGGUUGUUGUAUUACCUGAAACAAGAGGUUAUUGGAGAAAUGAUGGAAAAGAUUGCAGCAGGUGCAGAUGUAAGUGAGUUACCUUUGGUCAUGGUACAACCAGAGGGAGAUCCACCUAUUGCAUGGUGGGAUGAAGAUGCUGAUCGUUCAUUGCUUGUGGGUGUCUUCAAACAUGGUUAUGAACGGUAUGUGGCCAUGAGGACAGACCCAACACUCUGCUUCCUAUCCAGGUGUGGUGCUCCAGACAAGAGGGAGAUUGCCAGAGAAAAUGCUGACAAUGAUGACAGUCAACUUGAUGUGGAAUCAAUGGAAACUGGUGCUGAGCUGGAGCCGGGAGCAGAACUAGACAUCAAACCAGUCAUUAAGCAGUUGAGAGAAGACUGUCUAGAGGAUGGAUCUUUGUCACCCUCAAGUACUCGUACAUCAUCUCCUGCACCUGCAAAAUUAAAACCUGAGCCUGAACCAACAACAAUGCCAGUAAUUCCAGGCAAGUUGCCCUUCCCUCUUGCUCCUGAUGUUAACACACGACUCCGACGACUUGUAGCAGCCUACCAAAGAAACCACAAGAGACAACAGCAGAAGCAAGCCAAGCGUGCCCGGCGCGAGAUGGUGAAACAAGUACGAUUUGAGGAACAGCUAAGACAGCGCCAACUCAAGAAACAAGAAAAUGCCCAGAAGUGGUCGCGUCGUGAGGAGGCAGACUUUUAUCGUGUCCUUGCCACCUUUGGGGUAGAACAAGACCCUAAGACAGGCGAGUUUGAUUGGUCUAACUUCCGAAAGCUAGCUAAGCUGGAGAGGAAAUAUGACCAUCGAUUGCUUGAGUACUAUCAGCAUUUCCGAGCCAUGUGCCUUCGUAAAUGCAAGAGGGAGGACGAGAUAUCAGAGGAGUUUGCCUCUCUUCCUCUGCCAGACUUCACCAUUGAAGAAAUUUCAGAAGAGCGUGCCAACAAGGUGCUUCAUCGCAUUGACUUGCUACUCAAGAUCCGUAAUGAGGUUCUUCCCCAUCCAGAGUUAACUGCGCGUAUGCGUCAUUGCAGGAAGAGUCUAGAGCUACCAGACUGGUGGGAGGUGGGAAUACAUGACCGAGAUUUGGUGAUUGGUGUGGCAAGGUAUGGCAUUAACCGCAUGGAAUCCCAACAACAAAUGCUGGCAGAUCCUGACCUCUCUUUCAAGGAUCUCAAAGAUAAAUACCCUCUCAUGAUCCCUGUGCCUGUCCCCCUACCAGCUACUGUCAAAACUCCUGCAGAACCCUCCCAAAAGGGAAGCAACAGAACUAGUAAUGCCAGUCCCAGACCAGAAGAUGAUAUGUUAAGAACUAGUAGGGAAGCACUUCCUAAGACCCAAGGGGAGAAGGAAAAUGCCACUUCUGAAAUGAUAGAAGAUUCAGAAUAUAUAUCAAAUUCUCAGGAUGCUGAGAAGGAGACUGAGGCAGUACAGCAAGCCAAGCAGGUAGAAUCAGAUGAAUCAGGUAUUGAGGAUGGUGGAAAUGAUGAAACCAACAUAAUGAAUAGCCAAGUGAAAGUCACUGUGUCAAAGGAUGACAACGUCUUCCCAUCAACACAGAAGUCAGGAACUGCAUUGCUUGGGGAUGUUUCACUGAAUGAUGAAGGGAAAAUAUCCAAAGAUUAUAGUGACAUAAGUACUAAGAGUGAGGAUGACAAAGCAAGAGAUGAACCUGACUGUGCAACUGACAAAAUUACUGACAAUUCCAACACGGACAGCCCAGAAAAUGAAGAAAGAAAUAGUCUCCUCAACAGAAGUCAAAGCACAGAACCCAAAUGUACAGACUUAAUCCAGGAUAUGGAAUAUGGUAGUCCAAGGUCAUUAACAGCUGGUGACGAGUGUAGCCAACGUCAGACAUCAGAAGUCACCAGUGCAUCAACAAAUAUGACAUAUGCAUUCCUCAUGAAAUGGCCCAAGGACCGAGUUAUUGUGCACCGUCUGGAAAAUAUCUGCCACUGUGUGUUGAAGAACUGCUGGCCAGGGCGGCGACAAAAUCACCACAAUCAAGAGGCUAAAGCCCAGCUUGCUGCUGUCAGUAAACAUCAGUAUGACUUAGACCAUAAGGACCUAAUGCAACCAGGAAAUGAGCAUCUGUGGGAUCCUUCAGCAGUACCUCCAGAGCACAACUAUGCUGGCAUGGCAGAUGGUUUGUUGGCACUGGUACAUCAGAGAAAACGUAGAAGAAAGCGCAAAUUGGAGCCAGAAACCGAGCUGCCUUCAGUGGCAGACAAGUCAGCAUCCGAGUCACCCCUGGAUCUUUCCCAGGGAUCAUCUCGCUGCCAUGUCCAAGAUGCUGAGUUAGGGAGACCAGGCUUGGAAACAGUGGACAGAGAAGGCAGCAAGUCCAGUCAUAGACCAGUCAAUCCCAUCAGAAGACCAUCCAUAGAGGAAAUAAGAAGAAAAAAGAAGAAGUCAUACUUGAAGGUCAAGCUCAAGGCGAUGCACAGUGUACAAAUGAUGAAAUCGGAGGAUGAACACAUGCAAGCCAGUGCUGCAAAGAAGAAGAAGAAAGCGAAACGCUUGAAUUUGGCCAACUUCAGCGAUGAUGACCAUGUGCCAGUCAUCAGCCGGAAAACUGGGGAUAAGCUGUCAGGGGAAUCAGCUCCCCUCAAGAAGGAUUUAAUUGCAUGGUUGGAAGCCAACCCCGACUUUGUCAUUCAAAAUCAGGCUCACUGGUCUUUUUCCACUCCAGAGAAUCUGGCUGCAACUCUAGCAACUUCAGAGGACUCUCAAGAAGAGAUUCCAGGUAACAGUGCAGCCACCACCACCAACAAUCAGAUGAAAACCAAGCGACGACGGCUCAGAAAUCCGGCUAAGCUGGACCUAAACAAGAUCACUGAAGAAGAACGAGUAGGGAUCAUCGAGCAAGAGACUGGUCGCAAGCUGUCUGCCAAAUUGGUGCCCAUGCUGAAGAAUCUUGGAGAAUGGCUGGAAAAACAUCCAGGGUAUAAUGUAGGCCCAGACUGGGCAGAGAUUGUUAAGUCAAAGGGAAAUUUGCCGCCUGAACUGCAUAGCCGGAUUAUGCUGUCACCUGCUAAAUCAACUUCACCUCUGAUUCAACCUGCCUUGUAUCCAGCAGUUCUUCCAACUAGUCAAGCUUACCCAUCAAACCACCUCACUACCUCCACAGACCUCAGUAGCAAAGUCUCCAUGCAAAUUGGCACUGGUACCCUCGGGGGGCUGGCCUUAUCUGGAUAUCAUCAUCCUUUAGGAUUAGGGGCCCUGCCAAUAGGGGUUGCUCCUAUAGCAAGCUUGGCUGGCCUGGAACCUCCAGUUCAAUCCAAGGGAAAUGCCAAGGAGAAGGCAAGAAAACGCAAGAGCACAUCACCACGGAAAAUUCUAUCUGCUGACCAGCCAGUGAUGUCUGUAAGUACCCCUGGAACUCUUGCUGGGAUAUCUCCAUUCCUUCUCCCAAGCACAGCAGGAAUGUACUACUCCCCAUUCUUAGCUACCCAAGGACUAGUUCCCACCAGCAUACCCCUGGACGUGACCGACAUGAAUGGGGCAAAGCAGAAGCAAGUUUCCAGUCCUAGACAGGCAGAUGCUAGUGAUGAUGAAGCUGAAGAAAAUGAGAUAGGGAGUGAGCAUGAUACAGACCAAGCAGAAAAAGUUAAAGAGAACAAAUAAGGCAUGUCUCUUGAUAAGGAACUUAUACUGUAAUGAUGCAAGUGGAUAAUUGGGAUAGGGGAAUUCCGAGACCACUGUGAGCCCUUUACAUUGGCUUGUCAUGCUUAGAGCAACUUGCCUUCACAAUAUAUCAAGAUGCAAAGAGGUACAGUGAGAAACUUGCACUGCUUUGUCAUUAGUGCAUUUUACAUAGCUUGAAAAGUUAAAGAUGCAGCAGGUUAUGUAGGUGAGAGCUGUGUGUUCUGAACCAUGGUGGUCACAAAAUUCCUCCCUUCAUUUGCAGCUGCCUUGGCAGUGACUUCCGAAAAUUACUGUUAAUGCUGCACUUGGCCAUACAAAUAUCAUGACAGCAUUGUGGUCAAUUGUGCACAUCGACGCAGAAAGUCUGUCUUUUCUAAGUAUUUAUUUCUGUGAAUUUACAGGAAAAUAAGAACAUAAGCUUGUUAAAAUAAAUUAGGUCUAUUUAUUUGUACAGUCAGACUGUUACCUGAUGUUGCAUUUCAUUAAAGUUGCAACUUGCAGGGUGUUAACAAGCGAGAACCACUGAACAAGCUCUGGGUUUGGGGGGUGGUUAUGUUUUUUGAGUUACUGAAUGUAUGCUGUGGUCUAAUGAUGAACCACCUGACUUGUCCUUUUUGUAGAUACUGUACACUUGCAAUGUAAAAUGUUUUAAGACUUUGGGGAAAAUAUUAAUAAUUUUUUGUUGUGUUAAAUGAAUACAGUACAUUAAAAAGGAAAGAAAAUUUGGGUAUAUUGAAAGAUUAAAGUUGUGAUAACCAAAUGAGUGGGUUUUUUUUGCUCUGUUCAUGGUGGUUUUAAUUUACUUCUCCUUGGACUCGACAGUGGCGAUUCACAUUUCAUUGUCCCUGGAAAAGGGUUUUUAAUAAAAUAUUUCUCAAGCAGAGCUUUAGGAACCAAUACUAGGCAAUUUGCCAAAGAAAUUUGAAGGUUUGUUGUGCUCUUAGGAGAGCCAAUUUGAAUAAUCUGAAAAAUAAAUCGUGAUUAAUUUGAGGGAUCCACAUUUGUUAAACUUGUUAAAAUCAGUGGACUAAAUGAGAAGUCACACUUCCCCGAUUUCAGUUGAUAACCAUGUGGAAAAUACAUUUCUUGCAGGAUGACUUUUGUAUGCACUAAAUGUAGCAGUGCAAAACUGUCCUGUGUAUUGGUUUAUUUGAAAAAAAGUUGUCGGGCAUUUGGUUCGAUUUGGAUGAAAUCAGAAUUAAUAGCCCAGCAAAUGGUAGAACAUUUCACACAAUCAUGAGCAAUUAAAGUUUCUCUUCAGAUAUUUUGAGUUUA